CUGAGAUGUGAGGUGUGUCUAUUCCUGAGCUGGUUUCAGUAACCAGAAAUUCAGGUCUCAUUUGAGGUUACUGGGGGUCUUGGCGUAGGUUUCUUCCUGGAGUUUUGGUACAAAUAUACAAAGGACAAAAACAACAGAAAUGGCGUCCUCGUCUUCGAGCACAAAAACUUUCAAUUACUGCAUCGAUAACAAGGACUAUGAAAUAUCUUGCAGGACUCCAUGCACAGUACUGGAAGCACUUAAGACAGAUUCAAAUUUCCAGACAAUUCACCAAAAAGAAAUGCAGCCAAAACAAACAGGAAAAAAUAAAGAGCAAAAAACAAAAGACAUUCUGAUCCAAAGAGGGGUGCCUCCUAGAGCGGCUGUGAGUCCUCAUUUCCCAUGCCAGUUGCUCACAGAUGAAGAGAGACUCACAAUACAGUACAUAACAAAGCAGGGUGAUGAUGACACCGGCGCUUCGCCGCAAACAGUCAAAUCUGGAGACCUGGUCACUUUCAAUAUUCAAACCCAAGGAGGAAGAAAUAUCACAAGAACGAUCAUGAAGAAUACAAAUAUACCAAAGGAUGUGUUUGAUGUUUGUGUAUACGCCUACAAAGGAGAAACACUGAGCGAGGCACUGGAGAGGGAUGGAAGAUUUGCAGAUGUCGUUCAAAAGCACUGCAAUCUAACUGAUAUAAAUAGAGGGCAUACUGUUGGAAUCACCUCUUUAGUUGACAAUCUUGAUGAAAGGCAUUUUAAAAUUAACCGCAGUCAUGCAGGCCCCAUCGGCCAGGCAUCAAAUACUGAUAGUAAUGUACAAAAUGUCUCGAAAUCUAUCAAAUCUGAAGAAAGAGAAUCUGAGGACAUUCCACAGGAAAACCAAGACCAAGCACAGAAACCAUCAGGCACUGAAAAAGCAGCUGUGGAUAUGAAAGAUUCACAGGAAAGUGCCAGCAAUGACAAUGCAAAGAACGCGAUUAAAACAAUUAGAAAUAAGCUGAACAUAACCAUCCCAGAAACAGAACAAGAACAGCUUUAUUUGGAAAAACUGUUAGAAGAAGUUACAAGAGUACGUUCACAGUUCCAGCAAGUGUCAAAACAGCUGAAGAAACAAAAUGAUAUUUGGAAUAUUUUCAGAGAGGAAUAUGAUAAGAGCGCACGGAGUUGCACUGAGGUGCACACCGUAAAAACUCUCAUGAUGCUUGCUGACAGUGUCUGCAUGAUUCGGGUAAACACCAAAGCAUGCGGGACCGGGUUCAUUCUGUUUCAUAUUCAAGCUCCAAACACUCCAGAUUCAACUCUACCAAAACCCAGACAGUCAUUCAUCCUCACUAAUGCUCACGUAGUCAUGGCUGCUGUUGAAUCCAGUGGGAGGAAGUUGCAUGACGGCAUCACUUUAACUGCAGAAUUUGAAGAGUGGAAAGAUGGCAAGAAGACUCCACACACUACGACAGCAAAGAAUGAACUUGUUGCUUUUAAGUACAGUCCAGCUGACCAUUUGGACUUUGCUCUGCUGGAGCUAGAGGACAGUAAAGAGUGGCAGCUUCCUGAUGGUUUGCUCACCAAGUACAGGCCUUCCGCUCCUAGGGGUGGAAUCUGCAUCAUUGGGCACCCUGAUGGAGGAGACAAAAAAAUGGAUCCAACUUUCAUUGUGGAACCUCAGAACCAAUACAAGUCUGUGACGACACACAUCAUCAAGAAUGAGCAGUUAAAGCCUUUCAUGCAAAAGAAAUGUCUAGAAGAGAGGUGGACAUUUGAUAGUUCUAGGAUAACAUACAACACCUGUUUCUUCCAUGGUUCAUCUGGUUCCCCAGUCUUUGAUUCUUUAUGCAGCCUAAAUGGCAUUCACAGUGGUGGCUACUCUUACAAAGGACAUGCAGGUGAAACAAGGAGCAUCAUUGAAUACGCUUAUCCUCCGGAACCCACUUUUGAGUGCAUCAUCACACAAUCAGCAGAGAGAGGCAGAAAAGAUGUUUCUCAGUACAUUCAGUCACAACCCAACAUAUCGGAGGCUUUAAGACAGAGAAAUCAGAGUAAGACGCUGAUCUCAGGACUUGAUACCAAAACAUUCCAACGUAUCUUGGAUAUAAAGUCAGAGGAUAAAGGCACCACAGAUGAAGAGCCUAUGGAUACAUCCUGAUACAGGUAACUAUCCCCAUUCUGUAAGACUCUAAUUCUGCCCUUCAUCAACAGACACACUGAUGGGAUCUGGUGGGAGAGAAAUCGCCUUUUGAUGUGGGAUUUAAUCUGUCAACAAGACCAUUGGAAGAGUUUAAAGUUCAGCCAUCCAGAAAUCAUUGAAGAUAAAGAAAUCUCAGUACUGGACCUUUUUCAUAUGUUCUACACAAUCAGCACAACCAGAAAUAUAACAAGAAACAAUAAUCAGUGAACUGAAAGAAAUCAACAUGUAAAACCUUUACUUCAAAAUCAUGUCUGGACUGCAGUGGACGAGAAUAGCGCAAAAAUUAAAUAUAACUUAUAUUUGAUGAAAUAAUUUGCUUUUUCAAAUUGAGAACUCAGUGCAGGACGUCAGUUUUUAACCAAAUUCAAGUGAGUUCAAAUGUGUUUAAAAUGACAGUUUGGGCACCCCGGGCAAAAUUACACAUUUUUUACUUUUGUGAAAAAAGUAAAAUAAAGUUAGAACCACCUCUGUAUGGAACAGACUUAAAUAUGACAUAUUUCUACAAACCUUAAAACAAAGAAAACAUUAUAUUGGUCUCAAACAGCCCAAAGCGAGGAGCUGCCUUAAAAACUCUGAACACAAAGUAGCAAACAGUCUAUUCUGUCUCCUUAUAAAAACUCUUUACUGACUUAUAACAUUAAAAUCAUCAUGACAAUCCAGCCUGCAUGGCUUUCAUCAGAAGCAACAUCAUUUUAAUGUUAUAAAUCAUUGAGGUGUUUUUAUAAGGAGCCAGAGUUUGCUUUAUGCGAAUUUUCAUACAGAAUUAUUAUUUAAUUGUUGAAUUUAAUAUGCUGAAAAAAAAAUAAAACAUAACAUGUGGCAUGUGCAUACGUUUGACCACCAUUUCAGGCGGUACUUAUAAUCAGAAAGACCCCCUUUGGCAGAUGUGACAGCCUGCACUUUUCUUCUGACCAGCUAACAAUCUUUCUCUUCCUGAUUUACGAAUUCUAUAAAUGCUUCUAGUUCAGACAAAUUCAUAUGCUGUCUUGCAUGCACAUCAUGUUUGACAUCCAACCACAGAUAUUCAUAAAAUUAAAGUCUAGGGAAAGUGAGGGACACUCCGAAACCUUAAUCUUAGUAGUUUAAAGUUGGUUUUGAUGUAUGUUUUGGAUCAGUGUCUUAAAUUAUCCAACCUCCUUUCUUCUUUAGUUUCUUCACUGACUGUGGGACAUUAUCACCCAGAAUUUGCUAAUAUUAGAAUAAUUUAUUUCCUCUGUCCCAACAUUUCUUGUGCCAUUGGCUGUCACAAAAAAACCCAAAGCAUAAUAUAUCCACCCCAUGCUUAAUAGUACUGUUCAUCCUACCUGUCCUCCUGCAUGAAAAUAGAGACCCUUAACAUACUGGCUUAUUCCUGCACCACAGUCAACACAAUAAAAAGCCUUUAGAUACAUUAUAAACCUUCCUUACCUUAGACCCUGUUUACACCUGGUUACUUCAUGCAUCUUGAGUAUUGGGAUUAUAUCUGGAUGAGGCAAAGCCACCUAAAUGCACCCAAAAUGCUUUUAAAACAGCUACCAAUCCAAUUUCUCAAAUCACUUCAGGAGGUGAACUGAGACCCAUUUGAGCCACAUUAUAGCAGUGUAAACACAUCCGUCUCUCCAAGACAUAUUCGACAACCAAAACCCCUCCCAGUACAACCAAAAUGCCUCCCUGUAGAACUGAAACUCCUCCCAGUACAACCAAAAGUCCUCCCAGUACAAAUGAAACUCC